AUGGCUAGAAAUUUUGAUGAUAUGUUUAAUGAGGCUUUGUAUGGCAAAAGAAGACGGCAAGAUAACACAAUCAUAGAUAAUUGGAUCGAUGAGUGUUUACUCCAAGAUUCAGAAGAAGAAGAUAUCGAUAGAAGCUCUAUCCCAAUUACUCAUAGAUGGAUCAACAGAGAUCGAGAAGCAGGACAUGAUCACCUUUAUCAAGAUUACUUUGCAGAUGAACCGAGGGUUGAUGCAACUGGAAGAAGAAGCUUGUCACCACUCCAGAAAUGUACCGCUGCGAUACGGAUGUUAGCAUAUGGCGUAGGAGCUGAUGCUGUUGAUGAUUAUGUGCGCAUAGGCGAGAGCACUACAAUUGAAUGCCUGGAAAAAUUUGUUGAAGGUGUCAUUUUGGUGUUCGAGAAUGAAUACUUACGAAAACCCAAACCAAAUGACGUACAACUCCUGCUACAAAUGGCGGAGGGUCGUGGCUUCCCUGGCAUGUUGGGUAGCAUUGACUGCAUGCAUUGGCAAUGGAAAAAUUAUCCAAAGGCGUGGAAAGGUAUGUACAUGAGUGGUUAUCGUGGCGUUGCAACCAUAGUACUUGAGGUUGUAGCAUCUUCAGACCUUUGGAUAUGGCAUGCGUUCUUUGGAGUUUCUGGUUCAAAUAACGAUAUCAACGUGUUAGAUCGUUCUCCAGUAUUCGAUGAUAUUCUAAAUGACCAUGCUCCGGAGGUAAAUUUCACUAUUAAUGGUAAUAAUUAUACUAUGGGAUACUAUUUAGCAGAUGGUAUUUAUCCUGAAUGGGCCACAUUUGUCAAAUCAAUCUCAAAGCCACAAGGGGAGAAAUGCAAGUUAUUUGCACAAUACCAAGAAGGGCAAAGAAAAGAUGUGGAGCGAGCAUUCGGAGUGUGA